UCCAAGCGGAUCCUGCGCUCCAACGAGAUCCUGCUGUCGUCGGCGGGGCUGACGGAGACCGACCUGCAGCUCACCUUCUCCCUGCAGUAUCCGCACUUCCUCAAGAGGGACGCCAACAAGCUGCAGAUCAUGCUGCAGCGACGGAAGCGAUACAAGAACCGCACCAUCCUGGGAUACAAGACGCUGGCGCUGGGCCUCAUCAACAUGGCCGAGGUGAUGCAGCACCCCAGUGAAGGGGCGCAGGUCCUGGGGCUCCACAGCCAGCUGAAGGACGCCUCGGUGCCAGUGGCUGAGAUCAGAGUCUACUCCCUGUCCAGCCAGCCCAUCGACCACGAGGGGCCCAAAGCCAAAAUGUCUGAUCGUUCUCCCGACAUCGACAACUACUCCGAAGAAGAGGAGGAGAGCUACUCGUCUGAACAGGAGGGCAGCGACGAUCCCGUUCACGGGCAGUAUCUGUUCGAGGACGAGGACGAGGUGAGGAAGAAGAAGCCGAGGCGUAAACUCACUUCCAGCGCUGCCAUCACCAGACAACCAAACAUCAAGCAGAAGUUUGUCGCCCUGCUGAAAAGGUUUAAAGUCACAGAUGAGGUAGGCGUCGCAGCUUCUCUUCUAAAAGCGAAGCAGCUUUUAUAAGUUGAUAAAUCGGUGUCAGGACACUUGAAAAGUUCUACGAUGAUAAUAAAACAACAUUUCCUCGUGUGUAUUUUCAGGCCGUUCUUCGAGGGAAUGUCUCAGUCCAGCUCGCAGACGGAGAUCGGCAGUCUGAACAGCAAAGGCAGUUUGGGCCGGGACCCGUUCAGUCCGCAGGGGGAGCAGCCUCCUCUAGAGAAGAUGAAACCCUCCCGCAGCCGCAACCUGGAGGAGGCCCUGUCUGAGACCGACACACUGGAGCUAACAGACCAGGAGCUGUUUGCCGAGGUGGGCCCCUGCAUCACGGUGUCGGUGGCAGAGAAACCCCGUACGCCCAUGAAGAGCAGCAAGAGUGAAAUGCAGCCCAUGCCGUCACCAAGGCUGGACGGAGGCCACACCCCCCGACAGAAGCGCAGCAGCACGCCCAUGAAGGAGCGACAGCUGUCCAAACCUCUGAGUGAACGCACCAACAGCUCGGACUCUGAGAGAUCUCCAGAGCUGGGACACAGCACGCCG